CACCGGCGGAGGGAAUGGGACCGUGGCUGCUGCGCCUUGUGUCGCUGUCAGGGGGGUUAAAGCCAGAGUCAUCGGAGCCGAGGAGGGGAGGGCAGGUCCGGGUCCUCCGCUCUAAACCCAGCUGCAUUUAAAUCACAAUUGAAGGCGGUUUGAGGUGAAAGAGGCUCGGCAGGCUGCUCUGCGCUGCGCUGCGGGGGAUGUGCGCACACAAUGGGAGACGACGCUCUGGCACUGUCCGGGACGCGGCUCUAGAAUAAUAUUUACCCCUCGGUUUUGUUGGUAAUGGAGACGCGGAUACCGGAGCAGGAUCCAGAGCUGUCAGCGGGACUCACAGCGGAGGAUUCCCGGAGGUAAGGGCUUCCUCUGUCCGGGCAGGAAAGUGUUUUUACAUGCCGGGGGUGGCCUCAGUGUUCCGGACAGAGCGCUGCUGUGAGCCCGGAGAGAGGAGCGGAGGACGCGCCUGCUCUGCCUGUUCGUUGCAUUUGUUGCCAGUUUAAAUUCCGCCGGGAUGAACGCGGAAUGUAUUUCCUGCGUCAAAGUCCGCGCUGUUUGCACAUCUGGAUGAGGGAAAAGUCGCUUUCUUUUUACUGGUGAGGGUGAAGCCGUUUUACCGUUGGUGGAGAAACAUUUGAAGUGAAUUUACCCUGCCUGUGUUGGAUCUUUGAUAAGAUAAGAUAUACAAAUAUUAUAGAAGACCUUGGUUUUCAGGAAAGCAUCACUUUAAGCUGCAGUAAGGCCACAUCCAGGUUUGUGAUCGGUGCAGACACACGUUAAAGGAGAGCUUUUCAUCAGGGAUGUACCUUCUGGACAGUAACUGCACUGAAAGGAUGGAGAGGGGCACGCCUCAGAGGAAAACUGUGUACCGGAUCUCCCUCACCUUGGUGAAGAGGGAGAGUUUGGACGAGGAGGGUGGCGGGUCGGGCCCCCGGCGAGCGGAGAACCCCAAGGUGAGCGCUUUCAGGCGGGAGAGCUCGGUGGAGAUCCAGCGCAGCGGCCUGCUGGAGCAGCUGGAGGAGGUGGAGGACGAGUCAGAAGACUUCUCAUCAUCACACAGCUACAUGAGGAACUUCAGGACGUUCAGCACUGGACAGCUGGAGCUGGGGAGGCUGAAAAUAUCCAGGAAACAUCACUUACAGAAAGAGCUGAAGGAAAAGGCCACCAGCCCGUUAGCAGAACAUGGCAAGGAAGCCCCGGAGAGCACUUCACCACAGAGUCAGGAGGACGCUCAGAGGGAGAGCAGGCAGCAGGAAGCCGAGGAUUCAGACACACUUAAAAAGGAGAUUUGCACUGAAACUCCACAAACAGACGCUCCUGUGGAGAGCAGCAGUGUUGAUAAGAAGAAGAGACUCCUGAAAGCAAAGAGCAUGGAGGAGAGGAGCUCGGACCUUCCUCUGAACGGUGAUGGGAAGAUGUCUCACUCCAACAGUAACGGGAAAGCAGCCAAAGUUUCCUCCCCUGAGACCCCUCCUCUGAAGCGGCCGCCUGGCCUGCUGCGUCGCAGCUUCAGCUUCAGGCACUGGACGGGCAGCGAGCUGCUGCGACUGCGGGCGCUUUCCAAAGACAAACACCACAGCAGCUCCGGCUGCAUCGGCCGCGACACCGGGCCGGAUGGUGGCAACAAGGAUGCAGAGACUGCUGCUGUGCUCCCGGCUUCCUGCCACAGCGACCUCACCAGGGAGAAGAGCAGGACUCUGGAGGUCGGAGCCGUCCUGAAGAAGACGGACUCCAUGUCUGAGCUGAGCCGCUGGGAGAGAGCACGUGGCGGCAAGAACCGGACUCUGGACAACAGUGACCUGCUGCGGCUGGCGGCCGAGAAGGACGGAUCAGGAGUGGGUUUCCUGCUGCGGGGAGGGGGAGGUCGCUCCAGUGAGAGGCGUCUGGUUCGCUUCUUCAGCGGGAUCUUCUCCAGGAGAGAUGGGGCGUCCACCUCGACACCGGUGGGAAGUCCCAGCACCAACCGAUCCCUCCGCCGGAGCAGGAGGACGGCGCUAUCACAGUCCAGCACGGAGAGCAUGAACGGAGGAAGCACCGACGAUGCCUUUGUGAACAGUCAGGAGUGGACGCUCAGUCGAACGGUCCCAGAGCUGAAAGUGGGCAUUGUGGGUAACCUGGCCAGUGGUAAGUCGGCACUGGUCCACAGGUACCUGACAGGAACCUACGUCCAGGAGGAGUCACCUGAAGGCGGUCGCUUUAAGAAGGAGAUUGUGGUCGACGGUCAGAGUCACCUGCUGCUCAUCAGAGAUGAAGGAGGCCCCCCAGAGGCUCAGUUUGCAUUGUGGGUCGACGCCGUGAUCUUCGUCUUCAGUCUGGAGGAUGAGAUCAGCUUCCAGACGGUCUAUCACUACUUCAGCCGCCUCGCCAACUACAGGAACACGGCCGACCUGCCGCUGGUCCUGGUCGGCACGCAGGAUGCCAUCAGCUCAGCCAACCCCAGGGUGAUCGACGACAGCCGGGCCAGGAAACUCUCCAACGACCUCAAACGCUGCACCUACUACGAAACCUGCGCCACCUACGGCCUUAACGUGGAGCGGGUGUUCCAGGACGUUGCUCAGAAGAUUGUGGCCACCAGGAAGAAGCAGCAGUUGUCCAUCGGGCCGUGCAAGUCGCUCCCCAACUCACCGAGUCACUCGUCCGUCUGCUCCACGCAAGUGACGGCCGUCCACAUCAGUCAGACGAGUAACGGCGGCGGCAGUUUGAGCGACUAUUCUUCGUCCGUGCCGUCCACGCCCAGCACCAGCCAGAAGGAGCUCCGUAUCGACGUACCGCAGACCACCAACACGCCAACGCCCGUCCGAAAGCAGUCGAAGCGCCGCUCCAACCUCUUCACCUCGAGAAAGGCAAGUGAGACGGACAAGGACAAGAAGGGCCUGGAGGCCCGGGCCGACAGCAUCGGCAGCGGGCGAGCCAUCCCCAUCAAACAGGGCAUGCUGCUGAAGAGGAGCGGCAAGUCCCUCAACAAGGAGUGGAAGAAGAAGUAUGUGACGCUGUGUGACAAUGGACUGCUCACCUACCACCCCAGCCUGCAUGACUACAUGCAGAACGUCCACGGUAAAGAAAUCGACCUGCUGAGGACCACGGUGAAGGUGCCGGGGAAGAGGCCGCCUCGUGCCGUGUCCACCUGUGCCGCCGUGCCGAGUCCCAAAACCAACGGCCUGACCAAGGACAUGAGCAGCCUGCAGCUGGGACAGACUCCAGGUUCGGUGACCAGCAGCUCGUCGGUGUCUCAGAUGGCGAGCGGCGUCAGCUUGGUGUCCUUCAACAGCCGCGGUAUGGAGGGGAUGCACCAGCGCUCGUACUCCGUCUCCAGCGCCGACCAGUGGACCGAUGCCACCGUCAUCGCCAACUCUGGAGUCAGCACAGACACAGGCCUGGGAGACUCUGUCUGCUCCAGUCCCAGUAUCUCCAGCACCACCAGCCCCAAGAUGGAGCCGCCGCCGUCGCCGCAUGCCAACCGCAAGAAGCACCGGCGGAAGAAGAGCACCAGCAACUUCAAAGCCGACGGCCUCUCUGGUACUGCGGAAGAACAAGAGGAGAACUUUGAGUUCACCAUCGUGUCGCUGACGGGGCAGACGUGGCAUUUUGAAGCCACUUCCUACGAGGAGCGAGACGCCUGGGUCCAGGUCAUCGAGAGCCAGAUCCUGGCCAGUCUGCAGUCCUGUGAGAGCAGCAAGAACAAGUCUCGUCUGACCAGCCAGACGGAGGCGAUGGCUCUGCAGUCCAUCAGAAGCAUUCGAGGAAACGGCCUGUGUGCCGACUGUGAAGCUCAGAACCCGGACUGGGCGAGUCUGAACCUUGGAGCCCUGAUCUGCAUCGAGUGCUCGGGGAUCCACAGGAACCUGGGCACCCACCUGUCCAGGGUUCGCUCCCUGGACCUGGACGAGUGGCCGCUGGAGCUCAUCAAGGUCAUGUCGGCCAUCGGCAACGAGCUCGCCAACAGCGUGUGGGAGGCCAACGCUCAGGGACGCCUCAAACCCGGACCAGAUGCCAGCAGGGAAGAGAGGGAGCGCUGGAUCCGGGCGAAGUAUGAGCAGCGUCUGUUCCUGGCCUCGCUGCCCUGCACCGACCUGUCCCUGGGCCAGCAGCUGCUGAGGGCCACGGCCGAGGAGGACCUGCGCGCCGUCGUCCUGCUGCUCGCCCACGGCUCCCGACAGCAGGUCAGCGAGACCUGCGGAGAAGGAGACGGACGCAACGCGCUGCACCUGGCCAGCCGCAAGGGCAACGUGGUCAUCACGCAGCUCCUCAUCUGGUACGGCGUGGAUCUGAUGGCGAGGGACGCCCACGGUAACAGCGCGAUGGCGUACGCUCGGCAAGCCAACAGUCAGGAGUGCGUGGACACACUGGCUCAGUACGGCUGCCCCGAUGAACGCUUCCCACUCAUGGCCACGCCCAACCUGUCGCGCCGCAACACCAACCGUAACAACAGCUGCAGCAGCACCGGGAGCACGGCGCUCAUAUGACCACGCUGUUCAACCACGUGAUUCUUUAUAAACGGACACACAAACCCUGAUCUGGGAGAAUCCUGACCAUUUAUUUAGGGAACCACUACCUGUUAUGACUCAUAAGCCCCGCCCACCUCACCUGACAACCACCAUUGCUGCUGACGGCAGACCACAGGUCAGUGGUGGCGCUGCAUUCAUGUGUUUAUUUGGGAGAACCCUCAACAGGAAAAAACACCCAAAGCAUGCUGGGAAAUGUGGUCCACAAUCAUCUGAGUUGGCAUCGUCAUCAAGAGACAUUAAUGGCUCAUAAGAGCUUUUUGGGAAGUAAUCACAUGACUUACGACAGCCAAUGAGGGCAGAGUCUGAAGCCCGACGGACAUCAUACCUCAUCACACACACUCGCUAAUUUAACACUACACGGCCAGUUCCCGCUCAUCCAGCUUCACUCAGCCAAUCAGAAGCCACUCCCUCUGUCCCGCAGAAACAUAUCGUCUUCUGUCUGAACGAGAGACGAGAUCAAGGAAACUGUGACAUGAAAGGAAGCGUGGGGUCCACAGACAGACACACUCAGUGGACAGAGGACGCCUCUGUCUGAUCCCACCUGCAGCGUCAGGGUUUCACCUCCUCUCACCUGCGUUGGCUUUUAUUUUUCCAGUUCUGUCCGCUCUCCUGCCUACACACGAUUUUUAAUGUGAAAAAUAUCUCGAUGUAAAACUUUAACGAGGAAAAAACAGAUAUCAGAUCAGUUCUUAGAAGUAAAGUGUGAUAGAUCGCAUGUCCUAGACACUUUGCUUUGCUUUUUUCUAUUUUAAUUUAAUUAUAUCUGGAUGUGCAUUGCUGGACCAAUGGUUAAAAGUGUCAGAUGGGGAGGGGGAUUGAUUUCAGGUGUAUAAAGUCAUUAGGUGUACAGAAGCUCUCGCCAGGCUCAGGGACCAGAGACUGUUUUAAACUCCCAUCAUCGUUUCCCUGUGAGUCCUUACACCAGGACUCUGGGUUUAAAGUGUUUUCACUUCACUCAGUUCAGAAUUGAACCAAAUUUAAAGCCGGUUCACAGAAGAAGGUAGAAGUCAGAUGGUCUUCACCGUUUCCCAGAGAGAAAUCCAGCUAAAUGAAUAUGAAAACAGCCGCGUGUUUAUUUUCCCUGACGACUGAACUGAGAACAUCUUAGACCCGAGCCUGGUUUACAUCCUGGUCAAACUACGUUUGGUUUAAACUGUCCCUGAAAUUUGAUUGUUUUCACUUGUAAAAAUGGAAAAGACAUGAAGCAGCUAAGAAGCAAACACACGGAGCAAAAAGGGAAUGGACGUGCUUCUUCACGCUCAGCUCAGCGAUCUGCUGUCAGCUCACUCAGACGGCUGACGGGAGGAGACGUCGUCAGUUCAGCAGGUAGAUUUAAAAACUGAGAUCGCGAGUUUCCUCUCAUUACCUUCUGUGUUUCAUCUGUCUCGUCCAAUCAGACGGCCUGCCUGAUCUGCUCAGCGAAUCACAAGAAGGGCUUCUUUUUCUUCUUCUUCUCUCAUCUGGAAACUGUUUCUUGUAAAUAAUCUCCUCCUCCUCUCUCUCUUUGUCGCUUCCUGUCUGUCGAAGGUGACGUGGUGUACAUAUGAGAACAUGUUGCUGUGUGCUGGUGUGUGUCGGGCAGAGAAACACAUUGGCGUUGACUGGAUGUUGUGUGCUGUGGCUCAGUGUCGUGCUGAUCCAAUCAGAGCAGGAGGCUCUGCAGGUAACCAGCAUCUGAGCCAGUGCUCCCAACAGGACAGAACAGUGCACCCAGACCUGGUCUAAGUGAGACCACAAGAUUCUGGGCCGAGUCCAGGUGGACACGUCAUAAACACAGAAAGGUUGGGAAUCACGUGGAAGGAAUCAUGAACAUGGAGAGUUAACUUCAGGUGGAAUUAGAUGAAAAUCACCAAAACAUUGGUUUUAUUUUUGUCUUUGUCUCUGGAUGUGAAAUGUGAAGGUGAUCUGAUGAGGACUGUGGGGACAGACGCUCCUUCACCUGGACUCUGUGAUGAUUUCUACUUCCGACAGCACGCUGAGCAUCAGCUGCUCGUGUCCGUGUCUUUUCCCUCUUUGCUGUUUCGUCCUCAGAUUUUAAAGGUUCGACGUCUGUGCAGAGGCUGAGGAGCCGCUCUCAGCCCGACUGUGUAUCCAAGCAAUAUUCACACGCACAUCAGUCACUGUUGCAUUGUAACUUCACACACUGAAACACACGGUGCCAGUUUGUAGACAUGUAAGAAAAACACGUGUUUUUACCUCCAACAUGGCUUAUGCCUUUUUUUUUUUUUUUUUUUUAACACACCUGCCUUUAUGUUCCUGAUUUCGUCCAAACGUUUUACUGUGCGUGCCACGCCCCUGUUCCCCUGCCAGUCAUCUCAAAGAUGGCGGAGCUCCCAUUCAUACUAAACCAAGGGGCUGAACCUUCAAGGUAUUUUUGUUGUGUUUUUAUAUCCUGGACCAGAACAGAGGGACAGGGCAAAGACGUCCUUUAUUUAUGACAGAGAUGCACUAAAUCUGAUUCAGGCUUCACUCUUCCACUACAGCUUGUUUUUCUUCUUAUUUCGGUGUUUUUCUUCGGGGUGGCAGCUUUUGGCGGUUUCCUCUAAACUGAUGUGUGCGUCAGAAAUUUGAGAAUCAGUGACUGAAGUUCACAGCAGCAGAGGAAGCUCGGUACGGUCUGCUUUUCAAUCAGAACAGAAAGAAACAUAGAUUUGCUAUUUUUCAUUUUCUUGAACACGAAACUAAACACGAAAGAAAUGUUUGAAGACGACAAACAUCCUGUGAAGCUCCAGCAGCAGCAGUUAGCAUCUGUCAGCUGAGUUUAACUGAUGGAACAUGGACUCACUGAAUCUGCUUCACUUCAUCAACUUGUUCCACUGCAGUUCUUGUUUCUCUUCGUGUGUUUUGUUGUCAUAUGAGCUGAUGUUUUCAGUUGUCUGUUAGCUGAACUGGGCUAACUGUUAGCUCAGAUAUCGCUGGCUUCAGAUUGGAUCAGCUGCAGUUUCCUGCCUGUAAAUAAGCCGCGUCUGUUCUGGAGGACGCCGGGAGAACGAGGAAACUAAUAUCGGCGCCACCUCACCUGUACAUAGACCGAUUCCAUGCGGUCAACCUUUGGUUUGUCUGGUUGUGUUACCUCAUGUAGCCUUUACCCCCACCCCCCACCCCAAGCUCCACCCACCAGGGCUGCCCACCACAUUAUUUAUAAACGCACCUAGCGAGGAAGACUCUGCCCCUUCAGCCUAUGUUUUGUAUAUUUUCCUCUGACCUCUUCAGUCCAUCCAUGUUUUAUUAUUAUUGUUAUGAUUUAUCAUCACAUUAUUGUUCUUACUGUCAUUGUUAUUCUAAUUAUUAUUAUUAUUGUUGACUUUUGUUGGCUGUACAGUACCGUUGUUGAAAAAUUUUACCUAAUACAGAGUCUUCUACUGUAAUGUGUCUCUUUUCAAUAAAGACAAGAAUAAUGCUUCUUAAAAUAAAAUCA